AUGAAGCAGAGAGAAGAGGAGAUAGUCGAAAGUGCUGCUGGUGGUAGAAGCAAGAGCAAAGAGAUAGAUGUACUCAAAUCAGAGCAAGAACAGCAGCAUCACAUCACGUAUUUCCCUUCGCAUUCUCUUUCCUUCUUCGGCGGCUCUCUCUGCUUGGCUGCUGGCCGGACCAGUGCUGCUGCUGCUGCUGCUGCUGCUGCAUCACUGUUGGGCGAGUAG